GCAUUGCCUCAGCAGUUCCCAGCAGACUGAAGGCUUCCAUACAGAUUCCUUCAGGUAGCUCAGAAGAAUUGUGGCCACAAAAGUGACCUGGAGAGGAGAGCCCAGCAGCCAGCUCCCAUGCCAGCAUGCCAAGCAGAUGUUCUACAUCCUCCUCUAACACUGAGGCACUGUUCAGAAGACCUUUGUAUGUUAACAAAAGGGCCACGACACAGCAGGAACAACGUGUUUCUUGUUCUUACCACCCAGGCUCUGCAAGAAACAAGAUAACAGAAAAAAUGAGGCCAGCAGAGAUGACCAUCUUUAGACUCCCACGGCACCCAGCACGACCCAUUAAAAAUCAGCUCCAGAUCGGGUGGAAAAGAAAACCUACUGCCAAAAACAGAAUAGAACUGUUUCCCACCCCCUGCUUGGCCGUGAAGUAUUUCCAAAGAAGAGGCAAGAGGUUAUUUGGUGAAAACAUUGCUGUGAUGCCGAGUGGCACUUCAGGAAGCUCCGUGGAUCGGUGAUUGCUGUCCAAACACCAAGCUGCAGAGCCAUGGCCUUGGACAGUGAGGGAAUGUUGGAGGAGAAGAGCUGGAAAGGUGUCGGCGAAGCAGCUUUUGAUAGGGGGUGCGUGGCUCCCCCCAGGACCGGCGAUGGGGAGAGAUGCUGCCGCCUCCCGCUGCUGUUGGGCUCGGGGCUGCCCGGCAUCUCCCUGCUCUCUCUGGUGCUCAGCCUCCUGCUUUACUUUCGGACCUCUGAUCUGCAAUCCCGGGUGUCCCACUUGGAAGCGGAUAGAUCCACGCAGCUCCCUGCCUGGCUCUCAGCAGACCAAAUGGAGACGGCUAUUUUGGGAAGAGUUGACCAACUGCUUGAUGAGAAAUUGAAGUUUCACUUGCCGAGACAUCGAGAAGUUCGAGAGACCCACCAGCGAUGCAACUGCCCAGCAGGUCCACCUGGUGCUACAGGAAGACCAGGGCUUCCGGGAGACAAAGGUGCAAUGGGAAUUCCUGGACGGCCGGGACUAAAAGGGCAACCUGGAGAGAAGGGCGCUCCAGGAGAAGCAGGCAUGUCUAUCAUUGGGCCCCGCGGUCCACCCGGACAGCCCGGAACAAGAGGUUUUCCUGGAUUCCCAGGUCCUAUUGGCUUGGAUGGCAAACCGGGUCAUCCUGGACAGAAAGGAGAGAUGGGUGCCGCAGGUCCCAGGGGACAGCCUGGACCCCCAGGACAAAAAGGAGAAAAGGGUCAGUGCGCAGAAUACUCCCACAGGCUGUUGCCUCUCCUCAAUUCAGUGCGGCUGGCUCCACCUCCGGUCAUAAAGAGACGCACUUUUCAGGGUGAACAAGGACAAGCAGGAAUCCAAGGUCCUCCAGGGCCACCUGGCCCACCAGGACCUGCUGGACCAGCUGGACCAGAGGGAACCCCAGGACAGCCCGGACCAAUUGGGCCACCUGGCAGAGAUGGAGAACCUGGGAAGCCUGGCAGAGAUGGAAAGGGCUUACCUGGGCCUCCUGGACCAAAGGGAGACCCUGGGAUUCAAGGAUACCCUGGCAGAAAGGGCGAGGUGGGCAUGUCAGGCCUGCCUGGUGCACAUGGCCUUCCUGGAGCUACUGGCCCCAAGGGUGAAAAAGGGGACACUGGCAUCAAGGGGGAGAGAGGCAUGCCAGGGCUGCCAGGAAGACAUGGCAUGAAGGGUGCUCCUGGGAUGGCCAUGGCAGGGAUGAAGGGUGAGCCUGGGACUCCAGGAGAAAAGGGAGAGCCUGGAGUCCCAGGGAGGAUGGGCCCCCCAGGUUUGCCAGGGAAAAGGGGGCAGCGGGGAGAGAAGGGCCGAGCUGGUGACCCUGGGCUCCCUGGCCCAAAGGGAGAGAAGGGAAAUGGUGAGAAUGCCUUGGUGGGAAUCAAAGGGGAACCUGGUCCUCCUGGUCUGCCUGGGCCCCCAGGACCAAAGGGAGAAGCUGGUGACGUUGGUGCUGCAGGAUCCCGGGGGGAAAAGGGAGAACGUGGUGCACCAGGGGAGCGGGGACCCAUGGGGCCAAGGGGCCCCAAAGGAGAGCCUGGAAAGGAUGAAAUGAUGGACUAUGAUGGUAACAUCAGUGAAGCUCUCCAGGAAAUACGAACCUUGGCCUUGAUGGGACCGCCAGGACUUCCAGGUGUGGCUGGACCUCCAGGGCCGCCAGGACAGAAGGGUGAAAUUGGCUUACCGGGUCCUCCAGGCCAUGAUGGAGAAAAGGGACCACGAGGCAAGCCAGGAGAAAUGGGCCCCCCUGGACCUCAUGGACUGCCAGGAAGGGAUGGACCACCUGGAAUAAAGGGAGAGCCAGGCCAGAUUGGGGUUGCAGGAGAAAAGGGUGAUAAAGGAGAGCCAGGCUCACCGGGUCUUGAUGGCCCCACUGGAGAGAAAGGAGAACGAGGUGACCAAGGGAUGCCAGGACCACCAGGCUUGCCGGGUCCCAUUGGACUUCCAGGAUUGACAGGAGAGAAGGGUCAGCCUGGGGAGCGUGGAGACAAAGGAAAUCCAGGAGAAUCGAUGUCUGGCCCCCCUGGACCUCAAGGCCCACCAGGACCUCCAGGUCUUCAGGGCCUCCCAGGACCGAAGGGGGAAGCUGGGAUUGAUGGAAUGAAAGGAGAGAAGGGUGUCCAGGGUGAAAAAGGAGACAGAGGGCCACUGGGAUUACCCGGUGCUUCAGGUUUAGACGGCAGGCCUGGACCACCGGGUACUCCAGGACCAAUUGGAGUUUCGGGACCAGCCGGACCAAAAGGAGAAAGGGGUAGUAAAGGAGAUCCUGGAGUUGUAGGACCAAUGGGACCAGCAGGACUUCCUGGUUUACAAGGUCUGCCUGGUGACAAAGGAAUCCGGGGUCUCCGAGGUUUUAAAGGCGAGAAGGGUGAGCCGGGGUUACCUGGGCUGGACGGGCUGGAUGCCCCAUGCCCAUUGGGAGAAGACGGCCUUCCGGUUCAAGGCUGCUGGAAUAAGUGAUUGUUCUAACCCUGGACUGGCCUGUGUGUGUUUUUGUACAUAGAAUAUUUAUUUUUAUACAGCGUUCUUCUCUGAAAUGCUCAAAGUUAUGCAUUUUUACAAAUUAUCAAGAAGCUGCGUAUUUUUUGUACAGGAAAUGCUAGAUCUCCCUUCAUCCUUGUUUGUCAGUUCUCUGUGUAUGUCUUCAUAAUGCUUGUUUUGUCAUGGAGUACAGCUGUAAUAUUUACAUGAUACGUGUGUGCACAUGAUGGAUAUAGGAACUUAAUAAAUUAUUGCAUUAAAAGUGCCCAAAGGAACUGCCCUGUAUACCUUCUAAAGCAAUUCUCCUUUUUUUUUUUUCAAGCUGGAAUCAUUCAAGACUAUUUCAAAGUAUGAUGUAUUUUUAUUAAAGAGAAACAUUCACAGGUUUUUGUUUAUUUAAUUCAGGUACUCCUGGGAAAACAUGCAGUGUAAUGGGAACUUAGAGAUUCUCUGACUCAUGACUGUGGAACAAGAUGAUGUUUCACGAGCAGAUUCAGACAGUCAAGUGCAACCCAUCACAGUUCCUCAGAGUGGCCCAGUGCCCGUUCAGUAAAGAGAACAGCUCAAAGGCCGUAAUGGGUGUCUCUUGCCUCUGGCUUUAGCAGUUACUUACCUGGAUUAACUCUCAUGACAAUAAACCCAGGAAUUUAAGAAUAUUCCUAAAUCACAGGCCUGCAGCUACCUUAAUUAGAGCCUCAUUUAAAAUCAAACAUAUGGCAGAAUACCUCGAUGAUAUCCUAAUGAAUAUUUAUUAGAUAAAACAAUCUGCGUGGCUCUUUUAAUGCUAACCAAAGUCGAAUGGAAAUUUGCAGUGUGUCAUUGUAAUUUACAUAUGUACAUCUUAACAAUCCUCCUUGUCCUACCUUUGUUAAUGUCUAAAACCUAAAUUACCCAUCAAGAAAAUCAUCAGACUAAAUGAACAUCACGACAUGCUCAGAAAGUUAGCAGAAGCCUGGAAACCUGAACUGAGUUUCAUCUAAAAAGCAGCACAGUUUCUACCACCCUGAGUCUUUGCUCCCUGCCCCACAGCUCCCCACUCAGAUUGCCCUGGGAGUCAGAAACUCCCUGUAAUGUUCAUUAUUUUUAUAAACAUGUCUUUAUAUGCCAACAUGGUCCUUUGGAUGAAAGUCUUCCACAUGCACUGAGAUGCUCAGGGUGCGGGAAAAGAAAGAAAGCAAACUGCAGAACGCUGAGAGAUUCUUGUUUUCUCAGCACUGUAUCCCAUUAAUGUAAUAAGAGCAGUACGUAUUUAAGCGUGGAUGCCAUAGGGCUCUAGUGUUUUAAUUACGCACCUGUUGAACACAAAGCAAUAAAACCCCAACCAGCUGGCAGGAUCGGUUUGGGAAGGUGAUAGCAGCAGCUGCAGUGAAUGUCUUAUCUAGUCUUAGAACAUUGGGUCCAUAAGGUAGGUAGUUUGAAUGCUUCACGCCUUUCUAAAAAUGCUGGGUAUAGUUCAUCCUCAAAAACAUACAGACCCAUAGAAGGAUCUGCUGGUAACUCCUGUUCCCUUUGCUGUCUGUCGUGUAUUUUUCUCUUGUAACUUGCUUGUGGUUGUACUGCAUGGGACUGCCUUUGCUUGGAGUUGUCCUGACUAGAAGUAAAAGCAACAGUGGUGUUGUCUUAACAUAGCUGCUUGCAUGUCACAAGGGUAGGAAAGCAGUGAUGUGCUUGGUGGUUGCUGCUGACCACAGCCUGGCUUUGUUGUGUAUUUUGAACUGAAGCAGAUACAUGUUUCAGACUGAGUGAAUACGAGGGGCUGUGGAAACAGAAAACUCAUCACCCACUGUGGAUAAAUCAGAGGUUGCAAAUAAGAAAUCAAUUGUGCCAACCCAAAUAAAAAUGCCUCACAUUUCUAGAACAAACCCAAAGAGUUGAAGCUGAGUUUGUGCCAUGCCAAAUGCAACGGUUCCGUUUCUGAAUCCCUGCCUGCUAAAACCUGUAGCUAGGUUGCUGUCACUGUUGAUUGCUGUUAGCUCUGACUGGCUGUUUUCAUGUGAAAUCCUUUGUCUGCCACUUCAAGGGACAAACUCCUUGGCUGAUAGCCAAAAAGUGAGACGAGUCUGAGGGUGGAGAAGCUUGGGAAAUGACAGCAAAAAAAAAAGGAAUGCAAGAAGGACCUUCCUGAAGAUUUGCUGAGAUGCUUUGCAAGUUCCCUCCCUGGAGCUUAGGAAGAGUUCUUCAACUGCACACCAGGAAGCUGCGCCUGGGUAAUGGCUGGUGGGACAGCAGGAGCUCAGCGUGACAACGCUUUUUGCUUUGCUUCCUGUCUUCUCCCAGAGGCCGUUGGCAGAGCUGGAAAAUGACACCAUUUGUAUUAUUAUUAUUUUUUUUCCUUUGGUCCUUUUUACUUCAGUCUAUUAUUGUGGUCAGACUCUUCAGAUGAAGAAUCAGGCUCAUGUCCCAGCAAUCGCUGUAUGAAUGAGUGCAAGACAGACAGUAUUUCAGUGGGGGGAUCCUUUGAUCCAGGAAAGAAAUCCUCUUGAGCAGUUGUCUUCAGAAAAGUCAGUCAAGCCCUAUGUGUUCAGUUUGGAGUGCUGCUCUGAGAGGAUGUGAGGAAACCUUUUCCUACCAUCUCUAGUUACCAGAUGACAGACUUCCACCUAUACCUUUGAUGAUUCCAUCUUUAAUCUUUUAAUCACACGCCACCUUCUCCUGGUAAUGCAGAAGGGAGCUAAGCCUUUUGCUGAAAAGGAAAAGCCGUGCUGCAUUUUGAAGGCAUGAAGUACCUUGUUGGAGAAAGAACAUGAGGAGCAUGGACAAGUUUCACCACACGGUUCCUUUGCUUCCUGUACUUUGCAUCCUGGAGGUAUUUUGUCUGGAGCCUUCAAGAAAUAAGCUAUUCUGCUGUCCUACUGAGGCCCCUCUGGUGGGUACCUCUCCACAGGUGUACUUACAGAUGGAACUUCAUGAUCACAAGGGUUGAGUCCCAUGGUGACAUGUUUUAAUAGAUGCAGGUUAAGGAAAUAAUGAUUUGGCAAGGUGCUGCGGGGUGCCAAGGAUGCUUCCAAGCCACUGGAAGGUCAGGACAUCCAGCUGGGGAUACUUCAUACCAACUCAGCAUCCAUCAUUCAGUUCCCACUGCUAAAUUCCAUUUGCAUGCACUCUAUACUAUUUUUCCACCAGAGCUGUUGCAAUAUGUUAAAAAAAACCCUGAAAUUAAUUAAUGCCGACAUAUACUGCAGACAUGACUCAUAACAUUUCUACUCCAAUGAGUAUGUUGGGAAUACAAUUUAUCCAAGCAUUAAAACACAUAUUUAACUUUGUGCAUGUGAUUCCCGUUGGCCUAAAAGCUACUAUUUGCAUAUUUAAGUACUCUGGUGAAUCAGGGCUAUUAUUACAGCUAAUAACAUUAUCUAAGCCAUUAGGCAGAACUAAAUCAUAAACUAUUCUCGUUUCUUCAGAGAGAAACAGCUGAUUUCAAGUUCAUAGUGAUCUAUUUUAAAGCUGAGGAAGCCCCAGAAGAAGUAACCUUCAUUCAAAUAGCCUUUGUCAGUUCAGCUCGAAUGUCCUGCCCUUCUGGUAUCCCAUGGACCCCUCUGUUCACCGUUGCACAGCAAAUAUACUUUUAAUGUAACUCAAGAAUUAACAAGUCCUUCUUCUAGUCUCACCUGAGCAAUAGAACCCUAAUUGCAGUUUUUUAUCUUCACACCUAAGAGAUUUAUUCCAUAAGUACAGUAGUAAGGGAAUAUGUUGUUUCACUGAGGAACCAGGCUGAUGAAAGGUUACUCUAUUUUAUUUGUAGUUCUUAUUUUUAUGGGGGUUUUUUUGGAGGGGGGAGGGAAAAGGGGAGAACCUGACCAGAACUGCAGGCGGUAGGUGUGCAUUUUUUCUUUUCUUUUCUUUUUUUAAUGAAAACAAUUAUGUAUAUAGUUUGAUAACAUUACUUCUACAUUUCUUUUUAUUAACGGUAUUUUUGGAGCGAUGUGUUGGCUCUUUUCUAGCGUUUCCUUUUAAAUAUAUUUUUAAUGGGCUUCUGGAAUAAGUUUGUAGAAAUUCCUGACCCAAAGUGUCCUGAGGACAUUCCUGUUGUUGUGUUGAUUUUUCUUUUCUCCCUAAGUUCUACAGUAAGAUGGUGCUUUCCAUAGGCAAACUAAUUUUCAGCAGGGAUGAAUGUAUCCCCGCAGGCCGUGCCUAGGGACCAGGUGCCAGUGACAUCUCCCAGAUGAAAUGGUUUCUCUAGAGCUCUACACCUAGAGAAUUUAUAAGGGCUAUGUGACAGGCCAGCUGAUUAAAAAUGGUCUCUCCUUUUCUUAAGUGGUCUGUCAUAACGAAACGAGUCUGGUGAGAGUCACUGUUUCCUCUUCAGUAGCAUUCUACAGCCUAAAAUCUCACUGACUUUGCUAACAAACUCUGAACCAGCUAUUAAAGAUGCUUUAUUGAGAAUGGCACGCUCUUGGUAGUUACCUACUACAUUAUUGCUACUGUUUUCCCCUCUAAACCCAGCGGUUUACUUCCUCUUGAGCUCAUCUUUGGGCUUUGCUUCAUGCUAAGCAUAUUCAAUGGGAUGAUGCUCUGCUGGACGAGGGCCACCAUUUCUUCAACGCAUUUUGUUUCUCCCUUUGCUUCCAGUUGUUCACGGCCCAGGCAAAAUGGGUAUUUUCUCUUCUACAUUUUUAUAAAACACUCAAUUAUUCACAUUUUGAUCGUUCUUCUACUCGCUUUUUAUUUAUUUAUCCUUCCUGCCUUCUUGUAGACCUUCAUUGUCCAAACAGAACAUAAAUUAGGACUGUAGGUGCUAAUAGUUUGGAGAGUUCACUGUAAAGCUUCUACUGUUUAAAAUGCUAUGUGGCAAGGCCAGUUUAGCUUUACAGUUUUCCUAUGAUUGUCUGUUUGUUGAAGUUAUCAAAUAAAUGCUUUUUCUCAAGCAGAAAGAAUUAGGAUAUUGGAGGAUUUUGGCUUGUUUUUGUCAUUUGCUUAACAAAAUCCUGCUAGACUCAAGUUUAGUAGGUUAAAUGUGUUAGUGAUAGGUGUGAGAGGAUCUUGUAUUCUUGCUUUCUGCUGGCUGUGUCUGCCAAUCCAUUGUUCCCAGCAGGGUUUUGCUGGGAGUGUGAAAUUCCAUUUUGUGAUAAUUCCAUUGUUUUCUCACAAUACUGUUAUGAAUUUUUUCUUCAGUAAAUCUCCCCUUCUGCUCUCCUGCAAAGAUUCGCUUUUAGCCUGAUGUUGCAUGCGAGUGGCAGAGCCACAGGCCGAGCAGCUUCACCCUUCUGAAGAGUCUUGCAGAGAAAGCACGCCAUCCCUUGGUGCUCACCUGUGAAACGCUCAUGUCAUUGGCACUGCACCCAAUGCUCACCUUUGUGCAGCUUGGGCACCACAUUGUUUGAUGCUGAUCAGACAUGAGCUCGCUAAUUCCUGCAGGAGGAUGAUUUCUGAAGCAAUUAGUUUAAUGUUACAUACGUGUUACAUCCUUGAAUUGCACGAGAGAGAUUUUUAGUUUUAGUUUGGUGGCAUAGAACGCACAGUAUUUAAUACAGCUGUAGUGAUGAGUUAUGGGUAAACACUGACAGGGCAUUGCUUCUGUGCAUCUCUUGGACACUGUUUGAUUGAGACAUCUGAGCCUGUAUUUGCUUUUUACACUGCUUAUACUGAACUUUUAUUAAUAUUAAAUAUGGAACGCUACUUGGCUUUCAUUGCUGUAAGUGCUGUAAGGUGGUUUUGUAUUAGCGAUAAUUGUUGUUGUUACAAUGCUGGCUCUAAGGCGUUAUUGCAACUCCUUUUGACACAGCUUGGAAUUCUUAGGCCUUUAAGAAAAUUCCACACUAAAUAAUUGAUCUGAGGGAAAAAAUAAAGGGCUGUUCUUUCCAAUCAUCUUUUCAUCCUUAGCGGGAGCUUCUUCAGCCAGAUCAAGUAUUUGCUUUUCCUUUUCUACUUUUUCCUUGGUAAUUGAGAGCUUUGAUUUGUUUUUGUCUUUAAACCAUACGUAUUCCAGGACAAUCUGCGUUUGUUGCGUAUGAUGUACAUACUUUCUUUUCCCUUUUAUAAAAAAUACCUGUUUACUUA